AUGGGCGCACCGAUGCGACCACACGAAGCACAGCUCCCACCAGGACCGGAGUUCUACGUCCGCGAGGCCAGCGGCCUGCUGCACGGCCCGUACCCGCAGCCGCCCGCCGUGCCGGCCGGCUACGAGGUUGUGGAAUUAGCGCCCCACGCGCAGCGCGCCGAAGAGGUCAGGGACGGCGGGCCCUACUUCAUCGCGUGCUCCGACGGCCAGACGCGGGGCCCGUUCGGCGGCGCCGACGUUGUGAGGUUGGUGGCGCAGGGCCUCGCAGACAAGAACGCAAAGUGCGCUUUGGGCCGCCACGUCGCCACCGGUGCGUCCUCAUCAUCGUCCACAAAAAAGACCUGGAAGGACACGAAGCUCAAGCAUCUGCGCGUGCACCGGUGGCGCGUCUUACGCUAUGCGGGCACGCAAGCGAAGAGGGGCGCCGUCCAGACCAUUAAUGCAGCGGCCACGGCGGCGCCGCCCCAGCUCUACAAGACCUGGGCCGACGAGGAGGCCGAGUGGGCCAAGGAGGUGGUCAAGCAGCAGUCCAUCGUCAAGACGAAGAAGCCGUCGAAGCGGCGCGCGCCGCCGCCGCCGCCGCGACCGGUGCGCCGGGGCCCGCGGCCGCCGCCCCGACGGCCCGACGGCACGGCGCGCGUCGCCGGGAGCUUUGACGUGCGCAAAUUCGACGACAUCGCGGCGCAGCACGGCUGGAAGGCCGACGACGCCGAGGAAAGGAGGGUGGCGCUGUCCAAGGCCGGCUACCGCGUCGGGGCCGUGGGCGUCGUCGCAGGCGGCGUCGCGGCGGCCGUUCACUUCGAGGUGCUCAAGCCGGCCGACGCGAAGCACUUCGUGACGGCCGCCGUGCAUCUCGCGCUGGAGUGGUGCCGGCGGCAUCUCGGGUUGAUGCGGGGCCGCGUCGUGGACCUCAUCCCGGAGCGGUGGCGGCCCGUCGUCGGCGGCGCGGCCGAUGCGCUGGCCGACGCCGCCGACGCGAGCACGGUGGCCGAUAUCGCCGAGGUCAAUGCCGAGGCCGCGGCGGCCGCGGCCGAGGCAACCAUCAACGCCGCCGUCGGCGCGGCCGCGGAGACAGUCUCCGCUGCAGCCGAAUCCGUCGCGGAGACCGUCGCGGAGACGGUAGCAGCCGCCGCCGAGACGGUGGCGAGCGGCGCGGCGGAGACGGUGGUCGAGGCGGUUAAACUAAGAUAG